GACCGCCCAGGCGCCGCCUGUGUGCGCGCGGGGCAGGCGGCAGCGCGGGCAGCCCGCGGGGGCCUGAGCGGGCAGCAUGGACGACGAGGAGGAGACGUACCGGCUGUGGAAGAUCCGCAAGACCAUCAUGCAGCUCUGCCACGACCGCGGGUACCUGGUGACCCAGGACGAGCUGGACCAGACGCUGGAGGAGUUCAAGGCGCAGUUCGGGGACAAGCCCAGCGAGGGCCGCCCCCGCCGCACCGACCUGACCGUGCUGGUGGCUCACAACGACGACCCCACCGACCAGAUGUUCGUCUUCUUCCCCGAGGAGCCCAAGGUGGGGAUCAAGACGAUCAAGAUGUACUGCCAGCGCAUGCAGGAGGAGAACAUCACCCGGGCCCUGAUCGUGGUGCAGCAGGGAAUGACCCCCUCGGCCAAGCAGUCCCUGGUGGACAUGGCUCCCAAAUACAUCCUGGAGCAGUUCCUGCAGCAGGAGCUUCUGAUCAACAUCACUGAGCACGAGCUGGUCCCAGAGCACGUUGUCAUGACCAAGGAGGAGGUGACAGAGCUACUGGCCCGAUACAAACUGAGGGAGAACCAGCUGCCCAGGAUCCAAGCCGGGGACCCCGUGGCCCGGUACUUUGGGAUAAAGCGCGGCCAGGUGGUGAAGAUCAUCAGGCCGAGCGAGACGGCAGGACGGUACAUCACCUACAGGCUGGUGCAGUGACCCCAGAGUGGGGUGUGAGGAGUUGUGUGACACCUCCCAGUCUCCCCUCCCAGCAGCAGUUUACAGGCACUUGGAGCUUCCUGCCCUUCCAGAGCUGGCCAAGGAAAUCCUCUUCCCACGUUGCCUCUCUGCAGUCCUGUCACUGGGCCUCCCUCCCCGUUUUCCAGCUUGGACUUUGCUGGAAAGCAAAGGACUCAGCCGUGGGGUCCUGAAGUGAGUGGGAAAGGCCUUUUUUUCCCUGUUUUAUGGGCUCUGGUUUGUAAUAAAGGUUUGUACCCUCAGUG